CCGUGCUAAUCUCUCCAAGAUCAUCCUUCGACCAUUUAGUACUGACCCAAACACACGCCGUGAUACGAGUGCCAUUGUGAAGUCAAGUUUUUUUCUAAGCUUCAUAAAUUCGCUGAUUACAAUCUCACUGUUAAUAGUUUUAUAAAGACACAUUCAACUGAAAUAACUCGAUUAAAAUUUUGUCAAAGUGUGCUUUCAUGCCAACUUCUCAGCGAUUAUAUAAUCAACAAAGUUUAACCAAAUUAUAAUUGUUGUACUGCGAUAUAGGAUUUUCAGUGUUGUUCUAGAAAUGUAAAUGUUUCUAAUUGCUUUAACAUUUGUAAAAUAUAAGGAAUCUGAAUAUCAAGUUCGAGUUGACUGACAAUUGUCGUUUAUGUAAGCAUUUUAUAAUCGAAAUUAUAUUAUUAUUCCAACUGUACACAACUAUUGAUAUGCAUAUGACUGCAUAGAUAUCAUAGCGCCAAUGACUACAUUGAAUGAUGACGCUCCUGAACGAUGACCAUGGUGAAAUCCACUUCGACAAGCAAUUGUUGUAUUACAUCGAAACUAAAGACAAUGCUAAGGUCCGGGCGAUUUUAGAAAAUGAGGAUGUAAUCAGACCGAGGGACUUUUUAGAGGCCACUUUACUUCAUUACGCGGCUCAAUUUGGCAAUGCGGCGAUAGCGAAAUACCUCAUAGAUAAAGGAUCGAACGUAGAGGCUCAAAACGCGCAGAAACGAACGCCGCUGCUUUUGGCCGUAUCGAACAAUCAAGACGACAUUUCGGCAGAGACGGUGGAGGUGCUGCUGCAGGCGAACGCGAAUAUGUUUACAGCGGAUUACGUGGGCGCGUACGCGCUGCAGACAGUUCUUUACAGUAAAUCAUUCCGAGUGAUCGAAGUGACGGAAAUGUUUCUGAAGAAGCUCGCGACCGUGUGUGGAAAUGACGACGCUCUGAUAGUUGAAAAACUGCUGGCAGCCGAAUGUUCGCUCGAGCGAGCCGCUCUUCUGCGCAAGCCCUCGAUACUGCGGAUCAUGAUCGCGAGGGGAUGCUGCGUCGACGAGCGCCAUCCUCGGCUGGGCCACACCGCACUCCACGCAGCUGUACACUUGAUGGACCUCGAAAACGUCAAGUUGUUGAUCGAGUACGGCGCCGAUGUCAAUGCCAAAGACUUCAAGGGACGCAUUCCUUUGUUUUAUUACAACCAUUAUUGCAUUCGCAAGAUUCAGCAGCCCGAGAUUAUCCGACGGGUGGUCGACGAAAAGACCGAGCUGACCGAGCUCGACAUUAACGGAAGGCACAUGCAGCUGACUACGGUGCUGAUACAGGGAAGCGCCGAAGCCAUUAGAAUAUUGCUGGAGUUGGGUGUCGAUUUCAGCGCGACAACCUGGCAAGGCAAGACUGCACUUCACUAUUUGGCUUCGAACACGCAUCCGGACGUAGCUAGACAGUUGGAAAACUUGCAAAUGGACGUAAACGCACUCGACAAUCUCAACAAUACGCCUCUCUUCUAUGCGAUGUACGUCAAAAAUGUAGACAUGGUGCAGUUUCUGCUCGAGAACGGCGCCGAAGUCAAUGUUAGAAAUUUUGCUGGGCUGACGCCGCUGUACUACUUGUACGCCAAGAACUCGUGCAUCAAACAACACGAUCGCGUCGUGCAGCUGCUCUUUUUAUACGGAGGAAAUUGCAAGCUGGCUGACACGCCGAGGAACACGGUUUUCGACAUUGUCAAAAAAAGAAGAAAAUUUGAUUUCGUUAAGACGCUGCUCGCGCACUUGGCGAUCCUCCACAAACUCGGCCAGCCACCGACUAGUAUUUUACUCAGCAGCAUCGCUUCGCACAAGAUGUUCAUGACUUAUUUCGAUUCUUGUUUAAAGAAGCUCGACAAAAUGAACAACAUUAGUAUUAAUGAUACGAUAACCACGUUUACAAUUCUGGCUAAGCCCGAAGAAGCAAUAGUGAAACGCUGUAGGUUCAGUCCCGCGUUACUUUCAAAAUUGAUUAGCAUCAAUAAAAAGUCCCACUCGAAUUUUUAUUAUUUCGGUAUUUUGCAAAAGCGACUUAACAAGAUUGUUCCAAAAGUUCAAAUGAUACAAAACGCCGCAUUCGUACUAUGCAAAAUUUUAGGAUUAUCCAACAAUCAGAUUCACCUCGUUGUCUAUACAAUAAUUAAUUAUCUAGAUUACGAUGACGUGCAAAGGUUGAAUCGCCUGUGAGACGUUGAAUGCUAAAAAAUAAACACUUGGACGAUUAUUACUUUUUUUUUUAUAUUUACGUCGACAACGAUUAUCGAUUUAUUGAACCUAAAAGUUUGUUUCA